AUGUGGUUCGGCGGCGCGGUCCCGCGAGAGCCUCCCGAGCCCGGGGAGUCGAAGGCGGAGGCCGACAAUCUGCCAGUGCAGCUCGAAGAAGAAGGCGGCGCCUCGGCGCGCCUGGCGCAAAUCUUCGAGUUCUUGGACCAGAUCGAGGACUACCAUCCGAGUCACCUUGUGGCAUGGCUCCAGUCUCGCCUGGUCACAAUCGAGGAGGUGCCGAUGGCCCCAGUGGCUCCAUUCCAGGAUCACUACGACAAGCUCGAUGUAGCAUCCGAUGCAGACCCUGCCAGCAUCCGUCGGGCCUAUCGAAAGUUGGCGCUAGCGACCCACCCGGACAAGCCCAACGGCGACCGGGUGCUCUUCGAGGAGGUGGCGCGUGCAUACGCCGUGCUUAGCGACCCGCAGCAGCGGGAGGUCUACGAUGUUGAGCGAAUGCGCGUGAUCUCAGGAAACCCCGAGGCCACGUCGCUCCGUGCACUGAAGCUGCGACUGAGGCCUGGCCGCGAGGUCGCCAGUGAGCUUGGCGCCGAUGCCACGGCGCUGGCCUCGCGGCUCCGGGAGAUGCUCGCGUCACACCUUGCGGCCCUGCAGCGAUAUGCAGCCGAAUGCGCUGCUACUGGAGAAAGCCAGGCACCUGCGGCGAAGCCUCCGGCCGGCCCCCUUGGGUCGACGUUCCUGUGA